UUACCUAAAUGCAGUAGUGUAACGCGUGUGCGCCACGGUGUAAAACGAACACGUAGUGCAUACAGGGGGGAGGGAGAUAGAAUGAGUCUGUUUACAUUUCUGGAUCAGCACAGUUUGAACUGGCAGGGGAUAUUUCCUGGGCUACUCAACAAUUUGAAUGCGCUCCACGGACAAGCUAUAAACUUGAAUACGAGCUUAUCAAAACUACGGGGACAUGUAGCCUACAGUCGCGAUUUGUGGGUACAGGUGAACGUUUUUGCAUUCAAAUUAUAAUCAACACACAAGAAAACGUUCAAAAGUUAACCAUGUCCAGGAAAAAAAACGUGAAAGGCAAAGGGAGCUCCAAAAGCCCAAACGCAUCUCCGAACAAAAGCAAAAGUGGAAACGGGAUCGGAGCGGCAGCCACAUCCAACGGAGUGGUCUAUCCGAGCCGCCCCUCGCUCAGCAAUAGUGGGGAGUUUUAUGAUAUCGCUUUUAAGGUGAUGUUGGUGGGAGACUCUGGUGUAGGGAAGACCUGCCUGCUGGUUCGCUUCAAGGACCGCGCUUUCCUAGCUGGCAGUUUCAUUUCUACUGUGGGCAUUGACUUUCGGAAUAAAGUGUUGAACAUUGAUGCGCUGAAGGUGAAGUUGCAGAUCUGGGACACUGCCGGGCAAGAAAGGUUCCGCAGCGUCACACACGCCUACUACAGAGACGCUCAUGCUCUGCUCUUACUCUACGACGUUACUAACAAGGCCUCUUUUGACAACAUCAAGGCAUGGCUGACAGAGAUCCAUGAGUAUGCUCAGCAGGACGUUGUGAUAAUGCUUCUGGGUAACAAGGCUGAUGUGACACAUGACAGGGUGGUUAAGAGAGAGGAGGGAGAGAAUCUAGCAAAGGAGUUUGGGGUGCCCUUCAUGGAGACCAGUGCUAAGUCUGGCCUUAAUGUGGAGCUGUCAUUCACCGCAGUGGCCAAAGAGCUGAAACACAGGUCGACCAAGGCACCCGAUGAACCGAAGUUUCAGCUUCAGGAUUAUGUCAACAAGGAAAUGAAGACUGCUGGCUGCUGUCGCUCUUAAAUCUGUCGUCUGUGUGUGUGUGUGUGUGUGUGAGUGACAGAAUGUGCAUGUGUGUGUGUGUGUGUGUGCAUGUCUAUGUCUUAAGGCCUGUGUUUGUGGGUUAUUUUCCCUAUUCAUGUUGUCUGUGCUCCGUCAGUAUGAAUAUGUGUGUGAGAGUAUUUAAGUUCAAACAAUGUUGGGUGAGUUUGUAUGUAUGUUUUUUUACCGUAAUGGGUGCAUCUAUACGCCAUUUGAGUGGAUUAAUUAUAGAUUUGUACGUAUCUCUUUUUCCCUACUGUAUAAUGAAAUGAUGGCACAAGUCCAGUGCCUAGAUACAGUAAUAUCACAGUCUAUCAAUUUUCUGAAACUCACCCAAUAAACAUAAGAAAAAUCACUCUAUUAAAAGUGCACCCAACACUGAAGGCUGGUGAGGGGAGGAUGGCUCACAAUAAACACUGGAAUGGAGUGAAUGGAGGAAUAUCAAAGACUUUGACCCCAUUCCAUUGAUUCCAUUCCAGUCAUUGCUAUGAGCCCAUCUUCUGCAGUUAAGAUGCCAGUGGCCACUGAAACCCACCAUCUUGGUUACCAGACAUGUAUUUCACAGUACAGCUGUCAUCUUGUCCCCAACCAACUACUGCUCCCUUUUGACCCACCUCUUUCUGCAGCUGUGAAUGUAUCUAAACGGUCCCCGUUUUUGCCCAUCACUCUCUGCUUGUUCCAAUUCCUUGUUUGGAUCCAUCAAUUGUGAUCCCCUGGAGUAUGUCUGUACAAUAUUACUGCCAAUGUAUGUGGUGUAUACAUUUGUGAUCAAUUUUAUAAUCUCGAGCUUUAUAGUUUACAUGACAGUAAAUGUUUGUCUGGUUAAUGCCGAAUAGAAAAUUGUGUCAAGUGAUAUAGAUUAUCUAUGGAUUGUAGCAGAACUAGCUAGAAACUGUGGGCUGCUUAUGCGAUUCCAAUGUGCAUUGAAGCACGAAAAUAUUUACAUUAAAAUCCAUAACACUAAAGAGCUUCUUCACAUAAUUAUAAAUGUUGCUGUGUAAGUUCAUGUUGUCCAAUAUGUUAUAUUGAUAUUGUAGAGGCAAAAUGUGGCUCCUUUAUUUGAAUACAUUUUUGUUCAGUAUACCUUACUUUGAUUUUAUUUCAUAAUUGCAAUGAUUUUAUCAAUGUCUUAACUUUUAAUUUGCUAGAUUCAUAAUGCUUGACGUAUAAAUAGAAAUGUGUGUAAUUGCUUAAUUUAAAUUAAGUGCAAAUUAUAUCAAGUUAUUUAGUGUUUUUUUUUCUUCAUGUUUACCUAAAACACAAUAUUGAUUGAAUAUUGAAUAACAAUGUACAGAUUGUACAGCAAAUUAAAUGUUUUAAUCAGUGAUUACUCUAAACCUACUUUUCUUCUGUAAUCCACUCAGAUGAAUAAAACAUUUGUUCAUGUAACAUAAAGUAUUCCCAAUAAAGUUUUAAAUGGACAGUUGUAAAUUAUAUGUUGUUGAUUUCCUCUAGGUCUGAAUCCAAUUCAUGAAAGAGUCUGAAGCACCACUCUGUGGUCACAUCAGGUCAGUGCAAGUCUGUCUUUAGCAGUCUGGUCCUGAUAAAGCAACAUCUAAAAAUCCACACAGAAAUAAUGGACCAUGGGCAUACCAAUAAUUAAUUGUUUGAACAGGUGCAUACCAUCAAUAAAUGUUUUCCAGGGACUUAAUUGAUUAAUAAGUGAUAUUCUAUCAGUAAACUAUUUCACUGGGGAUAUUCCACGAAAAAAUAUUUUGAUCGGUAUAUUGGUGGAAUACCACCAAUAAACCUGAUUUCUGUGGCAUAGCGAGAAUAAAUUGACUGAUUUAUUGUGCUACUUGCUUUAGAUUGUUUUCUUUCUCAAAAUCAUUAGAAUGUGUCUCCUGUGGUCUGUGGGUGGUUGUUUUAAAGUAAAAGUGGUUUCGUUGUGGGGUUGGAUUUUUAGGCCACCUGGAUACUAUUGUUACUGUAAUGCAAAGUGUUAUCCUUCUAUUGUUACUACCGAGUGUUACCAAAUUAUUGUCACUGUAAAUUGUUACCAGUCUAUUGUCACUAUAAAGUGUUACCAAUCGAUUGUCACUGUAAUGUGUUACCAAACUAUUGUCUCGGUAAAGUGUUACCAAACUAU